CGUAGGGAAGGGGACGUACUUGGUAGCAUCAGGGGGGAGGUUUCCUUGCAUGCGGUAGGGAAGUGGAGGAACAGUGGGAGCAUGGUGAAUCGAGGCCGAGCGGAGGAAAGCCACGAGGGCUAAGGAGGGUGAAGUGGGACGAGGACGAGAGAGACGAGGACUAGUAGAGCAAGGGUCAUGGCGAUGGCUGCGUCGAGGAGAGCGAUGGCGGCCUUCCUCUUGGGCGCGGUCAUUGUGCUUCUCGGUAUUACAGCACGGGCAGCAGCUCAGCCAGAGGCUGCAAUCACGUCCUUCACAUACACGGGCUCCGGAUGUCCAGCCAAUUCCGCCGUGGGGGAGAUCAGCAAAGACGGGCAAGUACUUACCAUGAAGUUCAGCGAGUUCAGCGCAACGACGGACGCAGGCAACGCGGGGAAACGGAGGAACUGCCAGAUCAACAUAAGGAUGACGUAUACUGAUGGCUGGAUUUAUUCCCUGGAGACGGUCACGCUCCGGGGGUACGCGAGGCUUGACGACAUGGUUAGGGCGGUCCACAGGGUGAGUCGUUACUUCACGGGAGUGCAGGGGCACGGCAAGUUCAUCAAGGAGACGGUGGGCGAGUACGACGACAACUACGAGCAUUCGGGUCCGCUCUCCCCACUUAUCUCGAGCAAGUGCGGCCAAAACCGAAAUAUCAUCCUCAAUAUGGAGGUGAAAGUCGACAACGGAGCCAACCCAGCCGGGCAAGGAUUCAUCGAUGUGGGCACGGCAGACACCCCCCGUAGUCUAGCUAUGCACAACAGUGGGCGCGAUCCACAGGCGGCGAGGAGAUUGUCAACCAGUGAGAAGAGCAUGGUCGCCAGUGCUGUCCUCGCUGUGUGUCGGUACAUGGAGACGAUGAACGGGUUGCGGCAUGCGGGUGGGAGGGGAAGGGGGAGGAGGGAGGCCGCCAUAGCCCAGGCGUUGGCAGACGUCUGUAUAUCGUCCGGUCUAUCAGAUGCUCCUUUCCUGUUGUCCAACGCAAUUGUUGCUGGUGUUCUGCCCAGGGACACACCGCGGUGGUGGAUGAAAAGACGAACGGGCGGGACAUGGCGAGACUUGGACAUUACAAACCACGCGACGAAUGAAUAUUUCCAUGACAAGCUUCGAAUGUCGAGGGCCAUAUUCGGCGACAUUGUUGCAGCUUGCAGUCCAUUCAUCGACCGUAGACUGACGCACUACUGCGAGCCCUUGCAGACAGACCUUAUCGUUGCCUUCGCGUUAUACCGGUGGGCAACUGGGGAGACGUUUGAGAACGCUUCGUCGAGCUUUGGCUUCGGCAGGUCAUCCGGGGUGAAGGCCACCACGGACGUCGCCAAUGCAAUACUGGCUGCAUAUCCAAACAAAGUCGCCAUGCCGACCGGCCGUCGGCUGCUGCAGGUGACCCGAGCAUUCGGAGCGAAGGGGUUCCCUAAUUGUUUCGGCGCAAUCGAUUGCACGCACGUGUACGUGGACAAGCCCGCCAAUGCACCGUCGGAGAACUACUACGACCGAAAACAGCAGUUCUCGGUCGUCGCCCAAGUCGUCGUCGAUCUUGACAUGAGAAUUCUCGAUGUGUUCAUGGUUUACCUGGGGAGCGUCCACGACCAGCGGGUUUUGAUAAAUUCUUCACUCUUUCGACGUGCGGAGGCGGGCGAGCUCUUCGUCGCGGAACCUGUUCUGCUGCCAGGGGGGGUGUCCACAACAGGGUACCUGCUUGGGGACAACGGGUACUCGCCGAGAACGUGGAUGGUGGUCCCCUACGGGGGGACCGACCAAGCAGGGGACAUCGGCUUGUUUGACACGCGGCAGAAGACGACGAGAGGAGUCGUGGAGAGGGCUUUCGGGCGUUUGAAGGGGAUGUGCUGGUUGUUCCUUUGACAUUACAAGACGAACAUGGAUAAUCUGCCUCAGCAAUUUCUGGCCGUUUGUAUCAUCCACAACUUGUUGCUUGAGGCGGGCAUACCGUUCGACGACUCGGUCCUGCUCGAGCCGGACGAGAAAGGCAAUCUAGUUUGUAUCGAUCUGGGGUUGCAAGAUCCGCCACGACCAGUGUCGCAAUCGGGCGCAACCGAUGCUGCCCUGGCUUUGCGUGACGGGUUACGUGUGCGAAUGAGGAAUUGAAUCUUUGGGUGUGAACCCGACGGUCAUGUCGGGUUUCCUUGCUUGUUUCGAUUAUAGGGUUUACUGCUUUAGCCGG